UAUCCUCGACUGUGUACUAUACUACUAGCUCUAGCUCUGCUGACGUGACGACGUGUACGUGUACUACUACUUUACUGUGAAGAUCUACCUGUACUUUGUAACGUGUGCUGCCUAUAUACUAUUGAUAUAGAUCUAGUUGUUGCUGCUGAUGAUCUCUCAGUCUCUCUCUACCUAGUAGUACCUGGUGAUAAAUGAGAUUUGUCAACAGCCAAUAAGUUGUUUGUUUUCCGAAUAGCUAGACUAGCCUUACGGUACUCUGCAGUGGAGGAACCGGUUGUGUGGCGGUGCAACGUUGCAGAGAUUCCUGUCAUUUCCAUUGCAUUGUUGUUGUUUUUUAAUUUUAAUUUGACUGUCUGACUCUGACUCUUAUAGCUUGCUUGGUGAAAAAAAGGUAUUUGAAUCUGUGUCCGAACAGCUAGUGAAACCACAUCUGCUCCCUACUGCUAUGCAAGUGCUUUGACCAUGGAGCGAGUACUUUGGAUCUACAUGCCUUUCCUCCUUGGAACAUUAUUCACCAUUACCGGUUAUGUAACUGGUUUCCCAGUCAACAGUACGGAUAUCGUAACAGACUUGAUAGAAGUCCAAUCAACAACUGCUAAUGUUUCAGAGAGUUCAACAGCACAACCCUUACUGCAAUAUUCUGUUACAAAUCUACCUAAGGUUCCAACAUCACUGCCUAAUGAAAAUGGAGAUGCUUUGAAUCUAACAGGAAAGGCAACAUCAUUACCACUGACUUUGGCAGCAACCUCCACUCCAGUAGCCACAACAACAACAUCCCCUGCAACAACGACUACGCCAACCCUGACAAUAACUGCAAUACCUGCAACAACAACCACGCCGAUGCCAGUUGUUACAAUCUUGGAAGCCAUUGCCACCUCACCACACACAGUCAGCCCAGUACAUUUAACAACAAAAGUUGUUACCACGGCAUUACCAACUACUACAACAUUACAUCCAGCUACCACAGCAUUGACUUCCACUACACUGCACACUACAACACAGCCAACAACCAUUAAAACAACUGCAACUCAACCGUUUAGUCCAGUACAUGAAACAACAUUACAAGUGGCAAGAACACCUACAGCGAGUACACCACAAGAAGCUUCAACAACAGCGAGCAAGUCAACAAAUAUACCAGACAACCAAACCACAAAAGAAAGUGGAGAUUGGAGUAUAAUUGGAAUUACGAGCAACAGUUUCACAGGAAAAAUCCUGCUUCCAAUAGCAGUGGGGGGUGCCCUUUCUGUGGUCAUCAUAGCCAUUGCCUACUGUUAUUGCUCUCGCAGAGGAGGGUCACGCGGAGGAUCAUCAAAGUCAAGUAGAAAUGGGGUCCAAGUCCAUAGAAUGACAAGCAAUGACCGGGUGAUGCUCUUGGCUGAUAGCUCCGAAGAUGAAUUCUAGAGUUGUUUCAUUGCCCACCAGCCAGCAGGUCUGAAGGAGAACUGAGCGAGCAGAUGCUACAACGGACAGGCAGCACAUCAACAACCUCGAAGGCCUGUCAACCUGACAUCCAUCUACAAUCCAUCUUCUGAUUUCAAUGAAUUGUCAGUUAUAGUUGUCAAUCAGUUGCUACAGAAUUUGUCACUGGUAUCAUGAACCAAUGUAUCUGCUGUACCAAAUGCAUGAAACCAUUUGUUUUAGGUUGGUUCUGCAAAUCAUUUAAUCUAGAUUUUAUUCUUGGGUGCUUUCUAAAGGAUCGAUUGCAUCUUAAAACACCUGUUUAGUGAUGAUUUUACAGAAAACCUGAAUUAUCUUCUUUUUUUUAUACUGAAACUCUCCAUUUAUGUGGGUAUUGUUGACAACAAAAAAAUGUUACAGAACUUAAAGAAAACCUCACCCCCAAGAACAAGUGUAGGUAUUCUGAAAAAUGAGAUGUAUUCCUGCCCUGUGAUGAUGAAAAUGCACAAGAGAUAUAUAAGCGAAGAUAUUCUUGGCAUGAUGCGAUGCCUUUUUUGUAAAUGUGACGUAUCAGUUAAAAAAAUACAUGUAUCAUGCACCAAGCUUGAGUUUGAAAGACUUUUAAAAUCAAUAAAAAAACCUGAGCUUUUCAAUGAGGACAAUCAUACCUGAGAAGAUGGAAAAUAUAUAACAGGGGAACAAUAGCAGGUGAAUGAAAUGCUUCAUCAUCACACACGCCUGGGAAGGAAGCAUCAUACAUUUGAAUACCCGGUACAUUACUUGAUAAAUGACAUCACAUUGUGCGUCAUGUUAACAAGAAAAUGAUGAUGCCCAUGUCGUGCUGAGAAACUGUACAUUAUUCUUGCUUUAUCUACACUUUGGUGGGGAAUCUUAUAGAUUAAUGGGCAAGAAUGUAAUGAAUCUCAAGUAAAGUUAUUUCUUGGGUUGAGGUUUCCUUUAACUCUAGUGGUUAAGUGAGAGCUGAUAUUUCAUAUUACAUUAUAGAUAAAGGAUAUGUAUUGGGGUUUUAUGAAAAUUAUGUAGAAAAUUUAUAGCUAGUGCUUGCCAAAGCAAUUUUAUUGUGCAUCCAUAAGUAUUAUAUCCUCUGUCUUCCAUUCCUAAACUACAGACAUUUUAUAAAGCAUAUUUCCUUGCUUCUGAAUUGUUACCUUUGUACUGUAGAAAAUACUUUUUUGGCGAUAGGACUAUUAGUCGGGUCAUAAUAGGGUUUGAUAUUAGGAACAAUAUACUAAAAAUUUGACCGCCGGAAAGUGGCUACCGGUAUUUUCAAAAGUCUUUAAAAUAGCCAUAAAUUGUGAUAUAUAGAUCCUUUGUAAAUUUUACAUUUGCUUCCAUAUGUCACAUUCUCAAGAAAUAUAUUGGACAUAUCAAAUUGUCACAUGCUUAAAAAAUGACAAAACUUGGUAAGGGUAUGAAUGAUUUAGUGGUUAACUGUACAUUUUUUGUGUGUCUAUACCUAGGUUUGGGGUGUAAAGAAUCCAUUCAUACCACUUAUAAUGGCUAAUUUCAGUUUUCAGUGGCCAUCUUGGAUUUUAUUUUUUUAGUAUAAGGCGACUCUUAACCUGCCCGAUAAUUUAAAUCACACCAGUAAAUAUCCUGAACUAUAACAUAAUCCAUUGUAAGUGUGCUAUGAAUGAACAUUUUUUACUCCCUUUUCACAACGAAUCAUGAAUUAUUGCUAUUUCAAGGUAUUGGCAUAUAUUUUUCUAUUGAGUAGAAAGUCUGCAAUGUUUUUGAUAUUGUGUUACGAAUGUAUGUUUUAUUGAGUAACGUAUUUAUUAGUGCUGUUGUUGAUAAAAAUGUAUUUUGAAGGGUAUUUUGUCAACAUAAUUCACAUAAAGGGACAUGCAAUAAUCACUUAAAAUUUAAACAGAUCCGUCGCAAAAGUGGGGUUUGGGGUUUGGGGUUCAGAAACAUGGCAAGCUUUAUAUCAAAACCUGAAACGUGAUCAUAUCUUAGUCAGGAAACAUGACAUAAAGAUGUGGCAUUUCUUUGAAGGCAACAAUUACGUCUCGGGUGUCCUUCUGCUAAAUGCAUUUUGAGAUCAAUCAAGAUGAGGAUCCAAGGUCCAGUUACUAUCCUAUUCAAAUUAUUUUUGCUUCGUCCACCGUCAAGUGAUCUGGUAUAGAUUCCAACUACUACAAGUCUAUUUUUUUUUAUUAAAUUGAAAGAUAAUUCA